AUGAUGGCGACCGACAAGCAAACUACACUCACGGCCAGCUGCCUCUGCGCCGCCAACAGCUUCACGGCCAAGACAGCAGCCGAUUCCCUUCCCCUCAGCGCCGGCUGCUGCCACUGCGACUCGUGCCGCCGGCUGACGGGCAACCUCUACAGCGUCUGCGCGCCUUGGCCCGUCGAGCCCGACCUUUCCGGACUGCGCCAGUACAGCAUGUCGCCUCGCAUCUCCACGUUUUCGUGCGACAAGUGCGGCAGUACUCUGUUCUGCCAGGUCGCGGGCCUGGAGUGGAUCUACGUCAUCCUCGGCAUGGUGGAUGCCGACAACCGUGCCGCCGCGGUGGUGGCCAAGUACGGCAGCCACAUGUGGGUCGGCGACACGCUGGACGGCGGGGCGUCCGGGUGGAUAGAGAGGAACGCCGUGGGUGGAGAGGAGAUCAGGCGCUGGCGCGAGCACCGGGGAGAGGAGCUGACGAGAGGCUGGGGCCAGGACUUUGCAGCCGCGCAGAAGAGAGACGCGGCGGUGCCGGAAAAGACGCUGAUCGGGUGUCACUGCGGCGGGGUGGCGCUUGUGCUGAGGAGCGCUGCGGCCCGCAGAGACGAGCGCGGGCCGCUGCCCGAAUGCGUCCAUCCCGAGUCGCUUCGAUACCGGGCCAACAUCUGCGCGUGCGAUUCGUGCAGGCGGGCUUCGGGCGCUGAAGUCACCCCAUGGGCGACGGUUCCCUUGUCACACAUCGAGGCCGUCGGCGCGGCGGGUUUCCCGGCGUCGAUUCAUGCUCUCAAGGAUGCGGUCGACAAGGGCCAGUUCGGAAGCCUGACGUAUUUCGAGAGCUCGGAGAAUGUAGAGCGGUACAGAUGCGGCGUCUGCUCCGCCGGGGUGUUCUGGGCGGUGCACGACCAGGUUGACACCGUCUGCGUUGCCGUGGGGGUGCUGCAGGGGGAGGGUGGUGCUAGGAAAGAGGGGUUGCUGGAAUGGGAGUUUACAAGGGGUGUUUUGUUCAAGGAAGACGUCAAGGGCACGUGGAGGGAGGGUUUUGUGGCUGCGCUCGAGCAGAGUGAAGAAUGGCAGAAGGGGGUUGCUCAAGAGAAAAAAGCUAAUUUUGGAUAG